AAGCCCAUCGACUACCCGAAGCCCGACGGCAAGCUGAGCUUCCCGCUCCUCGACAACCUGGCGCGCGCCGUUGUCGACCACGCGGACCAGCCGAGCCACCUCCGCGUCAAGCCCGAGCUCGCGUCCGAGGUCCUCGGCAAGGCCGCGCGGUCGUUGAAGGAGCACGGCGCGCCCGAGGCCAACUUCUGCCCCGCGGGCGUCUACGAGUACGCCGACGACGCCGACGGCGACCCGGAGCUCGUCAUCAACGCCCAGAACUGCGUCCACUGCAAGUGCUGCUCCAUCAAGAUGCCCUUCGAGUACGUCCAGUGGACCGUGCCCGAGGGCGGCGGCGGGCCCAACUACCAGAUCACCUAG